AGCCAUUGGUUCACGCGACGCGCGCUAGGCCAAUCGGCGAUCUCGUUACCGGUGAAGAGCCGAGCCAAAACUUUGUGUAAAACAGAAAACUUACUUUCGUCCUAAAAUAACAACAGCAAAAAGCAAGCUUACGAAUGAAGUGACAAAUGUGUUCUAAGAGUCACACUUCACAAAUGGCUCGGAAUAAAGACAAAUGGAGCUACAGGCACAUCGCAGCAGGGAUGGUCCCGGCCGUUACCAUAGCACCCAGGCCCGCGGUCCCUCUUACUCCACCUCCUCACACCCAAGAACCAUCUCCAGAACAUCCAAAGUCGGCGCUGGCGGCUGCGGUGCUGGUGAGCUCACUUGCUGGGCGUGUGCACGCCAUCCCCACGCGGAACCUGCCCUCAUCGCGGCCUAGCUCCUUCUCUGUCACUGACACGAACAGCUUUCGCUCCAGGAUGCUCGAAUUGCACCAUGAACGUGCAAAUGGAGGCGGCGAUUGCAUGGGGAAUGGAAGGCUGCCCUUGGCAGAGGUGGCCUAUGAACCCAUGUACGAGUCCUGCACGGAGAGACAUGACGGUGCGCACAGCUUAACAGAGGACGGAUGCUCCAGUGAUGUGCUGGGAGAGGACGAGGAAGAGGAGGGGGAAGAAGAGGAGGGGGAAGAAGACGACCAAGCAGAAUCGCUGACUUUCGGAAAAGACUAUGAGCAAAAAACGAAUUAUGCCAGUGUGGAUUGCGAGACUCAAAAGCCGUAUAGUUUAUUAAAGACAAAACCAGUAGAGGGCGCGCCUCUUGGAGAGAGCAGCGACCUCACGGAUGUGACGUCGUUGGACGAAACCGCGCGGCUGUCCUCCCCUCGGCCCCCAAAGCUGCGUUUGCCUUCAGAUGCAGAGUGGAGUCGCAUGGGAAGAAUGCCCAAGAUUUUUUCAGAAGAGGAUAAAGAGGCUGUCUGCUUGUCAGUGGCGAACAGACCAAUGCCUCAUUUGAGUCAGAGUUCAAACAGAGAGAGGAUGCCUGCCUCUAGAAGCCAGUCGUUGAGGGUCAAGGGAGAAAAAUCGACCGAUCAGGUGCUUACACACCCCACAGCGAGCAAGCGGAACCCCACGCUGGCGAUGUUCAAUGAGCUAAAGUCGCGGCUCGACGUGCUCGCGGCCGAAAACCGAUCGCUCACCAGGCAGCUGCGGGUGGCCGGCGACCGCAACCAGUCCCUGGCGACGCACAACGGCACGCUGUUGAGCGAGAACCAGUCGCUGGCGCGGGAACGACAGCAGGAGCAAACAGAUGAGCUGGUGGAGCUGAGGCGUGAAGCCCAGGAGUUGGUGGACGAGAACGACGCGCUGAAGGCAACAAUCCACCGUCUGAGCGCGGAGCUGAGCCGAAUGCAAGCCGAACGAGGGCCGAGGCUCAGAAACAAGGUUACACAAACUGGAGUCAUUCCCAUGUCCGGCUCAACUCCACCUUGGUUGGAAACCCCUACAAUCGAAGCCCAACGUGACAUGGCUUCUGAUGCCGGUGACGCCACCAACCCCCACCCAUCACCUGUGUGGGGGACAGAGACAGACACGCGCUACCUCUCUCCCCUGCUGGCAGCCUACGAGGAGAGACUCGUCGAUAAAGAUGACAUCGUACGUGAGUGCAAGGAGGCACUGCAGACGCUGAAGGAACAAAUGAACGCGGUGGCCAAGGAGAAUGAGCAAUUACACCAAGACUUGGUGACGUCAAAAGCAGCAGCGGGAAAGGAAUGGAAGCUCGUGCAGGAGCAAGGCAGGCUUGUGCUGGAAGAAAACCAGGUCCUCCUGCAGCAGCUCGAUCUGCAAAAAGCCAAGCUCAAAGACUCGCAGGGCACACAUAAGCAGGAAGUGUCAAAGUUGAUGAAGCGGUUGGAGAGGAUGGAGGCGCAAAGGCGAGAGGCGCUGGACCAGCUGACAGACGCGCGGGUGGCCCUGGGGUCCUUGCAGGAGCGCCAGCGACAACUGCAGGAAGCGGAGGAAGUCAAAGUUGGGCGGGAGGAACACCUGGCAGCUAUUUCAGACUUGCAGAGGCGUGCACAGGAGCAACACGAUCACAGCUGCACUCAGCUGCAAGGGUUGCGAGCGCAGCUCACAGCGUGUCAGGAGGACAAGCGCGUGGCGGUACAGGACAAGUGUCGCCUGGAGGCCCGCUUGAGUGUGCUCGAUUCGGAGCUCGAAGCCGCCAAGAAAACCACCAGGCGCUACCAGCGGAGCAUGGCGACGCUAAAGCAGAAGCUCGAGGAAUCGAUGGGAAAAGAGGAUCUGGCUAGCCGGUACCUCAAUAACGUCCUGGGUCUUGCGGAACAAGUCGUCAAGGAGAGGGACGAACUGCAGCUUCUGGCUGAAACCCUGCAGUUGGAGAAGGAGGGAGUCUUGAACAGGGUGCUGGAGGGCAACGCUCAACUUGUUAAACUCCACGAAAAAGUCAAGGUGUACAGGGCGCGUGCGGCACAGGCCAUUGCGGAGGUCGCCGGCCGCUCGCAGGACGCGCAGGCCGGCUGGGCGGGCCGCAGCGAACGCUACGACGGAGAGAUCCGCCACCUGCGCCAGAUGCUGAGCGACAAGCAGGGUGCCGUCGAGACGUUGGCCGGCGAGAAGAGGCAGGUGGAGGCGCAGCUGGAGAUUGUGUGGGAGUCGACGAGCCGCGAGAACGAGCGCAUGCGGCGCACGCUCCGCGAGACCCUGACGACGUCGGUGGGCUCGCCGGGUCAUCGCGUUGGAGCCGACCCCUCCGGCACAGUCGGCCGUCGGGACGCCGACUUGGCCGGCGCCGGCGAUAACCGCUGCCUGAGAUACUACGAUCUCGACACUAGCCGCAGUAACGGCGCCGCCUGCCAUACGGGGGGGCCCUCUCAGAGUCUGGCGAUGGAACUCGCACGGGUGCACUGUUCCGCCGGCGGGAUCUUGAGUUCAAGCGCCGGGGAGGGGUCAAGGCUUUCGGCAACUUGACGGCAAUUUGGGGAAGACAUGGGGCAACAUCGCCCUCUGCUCGCAGACUAAUGCCCACUCCCAGGCUGGUGCUGCCUUCACCUUGUGCUGCUCAGGGAUAGCUGCCCACCAGGGGUCCACUGCUGAUGGGUGCCUUGGAAUGUACUGCAUGGGAGGUGCGGUAGAAAUAUUAAGUGAUGAUGAUAAAGAAUGUCGUUGUUUACCUAUAGCCACAGUGACGUCACCGCCAUCCUUAUAUUUGUGUUUUGUGUGUGGAUCGUCAGGCCGGGUGGCGCAGUGGUUAUAACACUAGAGUUUGAUAUAAUUGGUACCGCAUUGGAGACCAACAGUGGUUUUCCUGUUUAAUGAAUUGGCCCUUACCGGAGGAAUGUGGAAUAUUUCUACACUGGUUCAGGAAAAUCACAGGAGAUAAGCACCUCCUGCCCUCGCUGGCUUCAGCAGCGACAAUUUGACUUUGCGUGCACCCAGUGUAUGAUGGUGUCAUGCCGCUCUACCUUUCCGCACCUCGUAUGACUCCCAUUUUUACAAAAAAAUAUAUAUAUUUGAUUUUCUUUUAGCAGGUUAGGCCCGCCGAGUUUCUUCAAAAGGAUUUAUUCAGGCGUUGCGUGCCUACAAUCGUUAGCUCUGCUGCCGCACAGCGUUUUGUCCAGGCAACUGAACCAAAGCUCGGACUGCGCAGGGAUUGAGUGCGCGAAUCCACCUAAACUUCACCAAACGAGUCCCAUCCACUCACCUUUGGCCUCUUUAACACCUCGUUGAGAAAACUGUCUUCGAAACUUUGAUGUACAUUUCAAUUUUAAAUGACUACGCCGGUGGUGGUUAUGAGUGGCUGGGAGACAGCUGAUGGAGUAUGUCAAUAGCCCAAAUACGUGUAGUUAAGUAUUAUACAGUAUUACUAUUAGGCAUUUUUAGGAUACGGCGAUUCGUGCCUUAAAAUCGUUUCUUACGCUGACGAUACACGCAUCGUAUUGCGCGUGUAAAAAUCUUAUUUUGUUUAAGGGGCCGUCCAUAAAUGACGUCACGCACCUAGGGGGGGUCAGACAUUUGUGACGAUGUGUGACUGGG